GGAGGCGCAGAUGCAGGCAGAGAGGAGAGGGACUCCACGGACCGGAGGACAGACACGAAGAGGGAGUCUGCAACUACAAUUAGAGGUUUUUUAAUCUUCUGCAGGAAAAAAAAAAUCAUCAGGCCUUUGUAUCAAAAUGGAGAAGAAAACCACAGACUUUUCAGGAAAAUGGAAGAUGAAGUCUUCGGAAAAUUUCGAGGAACUUUUGAAAGCACUGGGUGUGAAUGUGUUCCUGAGGAAGAUUGCAGUGACAGCGGCCUCCAGCCCGGCAGUGGAAAUCACCCAGCAGGAAGAGAGUCUGUCCAUCAAGACGUCCACCAGCGUCCGCACCACCAACGUCUCCUUCACUGUGGGUCAGUCCUUCAAUGAGACCACAGUGGAUGGACGUCCCUGCACGAGUAUUCCUAAGUGGGAAACAGACAGCAAGAUCAGCUGCGAACAGACUUUACAGAAAGGCGAGGGACCCAAGACAAUGUGGACCCGAGAACUGACCAACGAUGGCGAGCUGAUACUGACAAUGACUGCCGGGGACGUUGUCUGCACCAGAGUUUACGAAAGGGAAUGAGGAAAUCCCAACACUGUCAUACAAUACUCCUGUUUUGUGCCUCACGCAUGGUUUACAUUCAUUCUACUUGUUUUCCAUCUUUGUCUUUGGUUCCUCUAGCCAGUCAGAUUUUUUUGGGGUCAGAUCAUGCUCAAACAGUGAAAGGCUUCAGUCACCAUUUUACUCUUUAUGUGUAAUAUAGAAAUUUCAUACAUUCCUCUUUUUAAAAAGGUUUAUUGCAGUGUCUAAAUCCUUUCUCACGUUGUUAAUAAAC